ACGUUCGUAAUGAUUCCUUACAGUUGCUAACUACAUUUAAAUGUCGAUGUGAAUUUUGGGGAGCCUCCCGUUUCUCCUCCAAUAUUUCGAACCCCAAAUUUUCCGUCUCGCUCUAUAUACGCGCGUACUCGAACAAAAAUUUUCGAAAUAGCAAUUAUCGAGUUCUUUCGAAAAUGGUGCAACAGACGUUGAUCUACAGUUUUGUGGCUCGAGGAACGGUGAUCAUCGCCGAGUAUACGGGUUUCAGCGGAAAUUUCACAAGCAUCGCCUCUCAAUGCCUCCAGAAGCUCCCUGCUUCGAACAAUAAGUUCACCUACAAUUGCGAUGGCCACACCUUCAAUUAUCUCGUCGAGAAUGGAUUCACUUACUGUGUGGUUGCUAUCGAAGCUGCUGGUAGACAAAUUCCCAUUGCUUUUCUUGAGCGAGUCAAGGAAGAUUUCAACAAGAGAUAUGGUGGAGGAAAAGCUUCAACUGCUGCUGCUAAGAGCCUGAACAAAGAAUUUGGGUCGAAAUUGAAGGAGCAUAUGCAAUAUUGUGUGGAUCAUCCUGAAGAGAUCAGCAAGCUUGCUAAAGUUAAGGCUCAGGUUUCUGAAGUCAAGGGUGUUAUGAUGGAAAACAUUGAGAAGGUUCUUGACCGUGGUGAGAAAAUUGAGCUGUUAGUGGAUAAAACUGAGAAUCUCCGCUCACAGGCACAGGAUUUCAGGACACAAGGAACUAAAAUGAAAAGAAAGAUGUGGUACCAAAACAUGAAGAUGAAAUUGAUCGUGUUCGGAAUUGUGUUGGCCUUAAUUCUCAUAAUUAUAUUGUCCAUCUGUCACGGUUUCAACUGUUGAGUUCCCAUCAUCUCGACACUGUAAACUGUGCGUCGAUGCAUAAUUGGACGAUGUCGGUGGUAGAGGUUAGAUUCACGCACCCAACUUUGCAGAUCUUUGAAUUUGGCGUCUUCAAUUCCUUCUUCUACGUUGGUUAGUUGUAACCCCCAAUUCCCUUCCCUCUUCUGCUACAAUAUAAUAAUAAUACCCUUUUAAGAUGCGGGGAGGAGGCUCUGUAAUUUGGACUGCUGUAUAUCUAUAUAUAUAUAUAUAUCUAUAUAUGCAAUAUGCCUUCAAUUUUUCAGGUAGAUCUCUAUGUGGUCCAUUGUUGUGGGUCCCUCUGAAAUGUAAUAGAGACACAAACUUGAAACUUCUUUUAAGUGUUCUGCU